UCAGAAACGUCCGUCUCGAAUCGGGCGGUAGCGAUCCCGACUACAUCUUUGUUUCCGCGGUCAUUCUCGGGAGGAGAGGGCGGAGUGUCUGACUCCGUAGCUUGGUUUCCUCUCUCUCUCUCCUCGUCUCGUUCUUGGACCUCGAAACCCUAGCGAUCGCCGAUACCAACAAUGGCCUCAGAUGUUUCCAUCCCAGUUCCUUCAGAAUUUGGCACAUUCUCUCGUCUGAGGACCAUGCAAUUUGUUGGAACAGAGAGACCUUGGCUAAAUCUAUAUGGGAAUAGGAUCCGACCUGUUGCUCCCUUUGGAAGUGUUAGCAGUACACCUUUCACUGAUCCUUCUCUGAUACAUCGAUGUUUGCCAGAUGAGUUGCUCUUGGAGGUUUUCUCAAGAAUGAAUCCCUACACUUUAGGGAGGGCGGCCUGCGUUUGUCGCAAAUGGAGGUACGCUAUUCGGAAUCCCAACUUGUGGCGCAAUGCAUGCCUGAAAAUUUGGCAGGCUUCUGGAGUGGAGACAAACUACAGAAUUGUCCAUUCUCUCUAUGAUGGUUCUUGGAGGAAAAUGUGGGUCUGGAGACCAAGGAUUCGAAAUGAUGGUCUCUACGUUAGCCGGAAUACCUACAUUCGUACAGGGGUUGCAGAGUGGAAAGUUACAAAUCCUGUCCAUGUGGUUUGUUACUACCGUUACUUGAGAUUUUAUCCAAGUGGGAAGUUCCUCUACAAGAUCUCUUCACAAAAAGUUAAAGACGUGGUUAAAUGCAUGAAUCGUGCAUCUAAAGCUGACUGUGUCUUCAAAGGUGACUAUAUCUUAACUGAAGAUCAGGUAGAAACUGCUCUCUUAUACCCAGGCUUGCGUUAUACUUUGCUGAGAAUGCGACUUAGGCUCAGAGGUACAACUCUAGGGGCAAACAAUCGGCUAGAUGUCUUGAAGCUUGUUACAACUGGUGUAAAUGAAAGUGAAGUAAGAAACCACGGAGAUGACAUGCUUGGAAUCGUGGAAGGUUGGGAAGAGGAUGAGACACAUGAUCCAGAUGUGCCUGCUAUAUCCCACGGAAGGGGUUUGACACCGUUUGUGUUUGUUUCAUUUGAAGAGGCUGAAACGUCGGUGUUGAAUCUUCCUGUGGACAAGAUGGAUUACUUCGUACCUGGCUAGCAUUCAGAUACUGCUAUGUGCAUACUACUACUACAUAUUGCCUUUUGCUAUUCAUCAUUUGUGGUUUCCAUGUUGUUGGUCCUUUUUGUUUGUAAGUCAGCCUCUACUCCAUAACAUCGGAUUACUAUUUCCUUGGAUUGAUUAGGCUGCUUUUAACUUUGGGUGAUGGACUUUUGUUGGAGACAGUAAUAUGAUGAAUAGAAAUAUGUUGUAAAUAGGUUGUGGUCACAACUA